AUGGCAGAAAAGUGUAGCAACCACAAGUACAAGUGGCGAAAGCGCCUCUGGCGGUGGUUCAUCUGGAUACUCAUCAUCAGCUUCAUCCUCCUAGUGAUCAUCCUCAUCGUGUUCGCUAUUCUCCAGCCCAAAAAACCCCGUUUCGUCCUCCAAGACGCCACCGUCUUCAACCUCACUGUGUCGGCCGCUACCCCGAACAUCAUCUCCACCAGCAUACAGGUGACCAUCUACUCCCGGAACCCCAACGACAAAAUUGGAAUUUAUUACGACAAGAUGGAUGUAUACGCCACCUAUCGCCACCAGCAAAUCACUUAUUUCACAGCUAUCCCACCGGUGUACCAGGGCCACAAGGACGUAAACCUAUGGUCCCCUUUUGUCCUUGGACAAAACGUGCCGGUGGCGCCGUUCAAUGGUUUGGCCCUGAGCCAGGACCAGACUAAUGGGGGCAUAAAGAUGGUGUUCAAGAUUGAUAGCCGUGUGAAAUGGAAAGUUGGUUCGUUCGUCACCGGCCGAUACCACCUCCACGUCAGCUGUCCGGCGUUUAUACCGCUCGGAAACAACCAGAACACCGGAAUAUGGAUUGGAAAUGCUGUUAAGUAUCAAAUUUCUCAGAGUUGUAGUCUGAGUAUAUGA